CCAAACUUCAGCAUGAUGGCGCAGCUUGAAGUUGCUGCUUUGCAGGAUCGCGUCUGCUGCGUCUGCAAAAGAUCUUGGAAGUUUCAACAUCUUUCAAAGUUCUGGUGCUGUUCUUCAAAGCAAAAUUUGAUCCACUUCUGCGAUUGAAGCGCAUCAUUGUACCUAUCUUAGUACCGUUUUCCUAGCACCUCCCUUACUCUCUGACCCGCGCUUUGCUUUGUGAUUGUGCUGUGCCAAGAUGGUGACGUUCGUGGGCCUCGUGGCUGGCCUUAUCAGCAAGCUCACCUUCCUUGUUGGGCCGUGCGCAGGCCUGGCCUAUCCUCUGCUCAUGUCCUUCAAGGCCCUCGAGUCUCCUCACAGAGAGGACGAUGAAAAUUGGCUCACCUACUGGGUCAUUUACUCCCUGCUGUCCUUCUUUGAGGCUGUUGCUGCUCCCAUCAUUGCAUGGAUUCCCCUUUACAACCAGCUCAAGCUGGCACUCAUCCUCUGGCUCGUAAUGCCGCAAUUCAAUGGUGCUGCGUACAUGUACCGUCAGUUCAUCGACCCGGCGCUGCGCGAGUAUGGUGACAAGCUUGGCAUUGAAACCUCCCCACGUCCUAACAACAGUCAGCAGAUCCUGCAAAUGCUAAGCCCUGACGCGAAGUCUGGGAUCGCUGAGUUUGUGUCGGAGCAUGGUUCGGGGGCGUUUGAUCAGGUCAUUGCAGCGGCCAACACAGAAGCCAAGAAGGCGAAGGCCUCUCGGAGAGUGGGCGGAUAAAGGAAGCAUUUGCAGGGACGUUGUAGUAAGGACGAGGCUGCCGGAAAAACUGAGCUAGAGAGAAUUUAGGAGCGUGGCCGAGCUGUCUUAGUGGCUCGGUUGUGUAUGAUACACUGUACAUCAUAUAAAUGGAACAUUAGCUACCGCUUGCUUAGGUAGGUUUGAAACGGCUCGCUAAAUCGUUCGAAGUUUCGUCGAAGUCACAUGGCAUGUUCAACAGCAUCCAAACAGGUCUCGAAACAGUGUCUACCACUUGCAUCUUUCAUUUACAUACUGCAAAAAUGAAUACAACUUGUGUUCCGACUUUGUCUUUGAAAU